AUGCCUAUUCCUGGAGUUGAUCUACCGCUGCGGCCGGCCAAUGCUCCGGCGAUUCCUGAACCAAAUGAAAUUCUGAAGCAUCCAUCCCUUGAUGCACGCAAAAGGGAACUUGAAACUGAUAUCAAAGAUGUACCAUUUGUCGACAUCGAUCCUGGUGUCUUCGAUACCGAACUGGUCAAGUUGAAGCUGUACGCCAAGCCAAACCCAGAGCACCUGGAGAAACCGCCAGUUCUUGGUGGAGGAAACAUCACAAAGGGGACAUACUCUGGAACCCAGGCUGCAUUGACCCAUGCUUACAGUCGAAUUGAGCGAAGCUACGAAUCCUACUUUGAUGUCAUGCAAGUUGAAUCAACGCUGCCUCGAUACACAGAUCUUUCGACUAAAAGGGGCCUUUUCCAAUACUCGCCGUACCCGAAAAACGCUGAUGGUACUGUUGCACGGUAUCCUCCCCACCUUCAAGACAUUCCAAAGGAUAAUCAAGUUUCCUUGUUGAAGAUUUUCAAUGCUCUGGGUCUUGCAGAGACUGAAAUAUUAAUCAAGCAAGUCAUUCCUGACAGCUUUCUGGGAAAGACCGCUACAUGGCUUCUUGAUCUUGCCAAUGGAAACGUCAGCGAUGCGGCGAAUCAAGGAUACAGUAUUAAAGCCUACGAAACAUACAACAAGCUCCACCGCAAGUCUGGGACAGAUAUCGAGCAGGGAGCCAACCUGGGUCUCUUGGCGGACUGGUAUGGCGAUCGCCGCUUUGCUGAUCAGUCCUUUACAGGGACUAACCCUACUACGAUCGAGAAGAUCCCCAAGGACUUGUUGGAUGAGUUUAUCGCCGAGGCAGGGCGAGGCGGAUAUGACGACUGGGCCAAAACCCUUGGUGCCACCGACCCAAGCUCACUCUUCGUCCAAGACUGCCGCUAUUUUCGAAAAGCCGUUGGUGCUCAGCCCAACGAAGAGCUACACCACAAGGAACGCUCAUCAGCCGACAGCUGGGCAUGUGCGGCCGUGACGCUGUUUCAGCUUCAUCCAGAUGGCCAACUACACCCCGUUGCCAUUGUCUGCGACUACAAGGUCAACAUGGCAAGCUCGGUCGUCAUUUUUAACCAAAGGAGGCUCCCCUCGGACCCAACCGACCGGCAAGAAAGCGACUGGCCGUGGCGAUAUGCCAAGACGUGCGCUCAGGUCUCCGACUGGAUUCGUCACGAAGUCGGCGUUCAUCUGACCCGCGCGCACAUGAUUGAGGAAUCCCUGAUUGUGGCUACGCAUCGCACCAUUCCCAUGAACCACAUUGUGUACAAGCUACUCGAGCCGCACUGGUACAAGACUCUCUCUCUCAACGCCGCGGCCAGAUCGACCCUUGUGCCUCAAAUCAUCAAGGACCUGGUCGGCCUGAAGCCCGACUACUUGUAUCAGUUCAUCCGUUACGAGUUUGAAAACUUUGACUUUGUGCAGAGCUACAUCCCCAACGACUUGAAAAGACGAGGCUUUCCCAACACGACACAGGGCCUGUCCGACGCCAAGUACAAGAACUACGCCUACGGCAAGAACAUGGUCUCCAUGUGGUCCUGCAUUCGUGAAUACGUCAUGACGAUGCUCCGAACCUACUACAAGGAUGACAAGAUGGUGCAGCAAGACCAAUACAUCAUGGACUGGUCCAAGGAGGUCCAGACAAACGGGUUCAUCAAGACUUUUCCUACCAUCGGGACCCUGGACCAGCUGUGCGAUGUCGUCACCAUGAGCAUUCACAUUGCGGCGCCGUUCCACACCGCCGUCAACUAUCUCCAAAACUUCUACCAAGCCUUUGUCCUCGCCAAACCACCCUGUCUCUGCAGCAAAAUGCCCGAAAACAUCAACGAUCUCAACAAGUAUACUGAGAAAAACCUCGUCGAGGCGCUCCCCAUCGGCCGGCAGAGGCAGUGGCUGCUGUCAGUACAGAUUCCCUGGCUGCUUAGUUUCAAGGUACCCAGUGAUCGCAGCCUCAUCACGUUUGCGCAAUCCCAGUGGAGGGCGCACUAUGGCAACGACAGGGCCGACCAAGAAAUCAGGGCCAUUAGCGAGCGGUUCUACAAUGAGCUUAGGAAAUUGGAGGUUGAGUUUCUUGCUACUAGCCGAGACAUGGAUGACGGAAGCAUUCCUUACAUGGUUAUGGAUCCAACUAAUACCGCGGUAUCUAUUUUGAUCUAA